UAGGUCGGCAAAUAACCCAACCCAAUCAUCUCUACCAUACUAACUUCUCACACCCAGCACACUACAAUGGAAAAGGAAAGCUCAUAAUUUCCGGGAACUCACUUUUCCCUCUCUCUUUCAAAAAGAGCGGACCCCGCCAGAGUCGUCCAGAGAGAGAAACAAAAAUCAUCAAUUCCAGUUUUCUCAGAUCUGAACCCUAAUUUUCUCGAGGAACAAAGAGAAGGAAAAGGAAAAUGCCGCGAGAAAUCAUCACUCUGCAAGUAGGGCAAUGUGGAAACCAGAUCGGCAUGGAGUUCUGGAAGCAACUCUGCCUCGAGCACGGCAUCAGCAAAGACGGCAUUCUUGAAGAUUUCGCAACUCAGGGAGGUGACAGGAAGGAUGUGUUCUUUUACCAAGCUGAUGAUCAGCACUACAUACCACGAGCUUUACUGAUUGAUUUGGAGCCUCGGGUGAUUAAUGGAAUUCAAAAUGGUGAAUAUAGAAAUCUCUACAAUCAUGAGAACGUUUUUCUUUCAGACCAUGGAGGUGGUGCUGGAAAUAACUGGGCCAGUGGAUAUCACCAGGGGAAGGGCGUUGAGGAGGAUAUAAUGGACAUGAUUGAUAGAGAAGCCGAUGGAAGUGAUAGUCUGGAGGGUUUUGUUUUAUGCCAUUCAAUUGCAGGAGGAACAGGCUCUGGUAUGGGUUCAUAUCUGUUGGAGGCUCUGAAUGAUCGCUACAGCAAAAAGCUUGUUCAAACAUAUAGUGUGUUCCCCAACCAGACAGAGGCAAGUGAUGUGGUGGUCCAGCCAUACAACUCACUUUUAACACUGAAGCGACUUACACUCAACGCUGAUUGUGUAGUUGUUCUUGAUAAUACUGCACUUAAUAGAAUUGCUGUGGAGCGCCUUCAUCUUGCAAAUCCUACUUUUGCUCAAACAAAUUCUUUGGUCUCAACUGUGAUGUCAGCAAGCACAACCACAUUACGUUAUCCUGGAUACAUGAACAAUGACUUGGUUGGCCUUCUUGCCUCUUUAAUUCCAACACCAAGAUGCCAUUUUCUAAUGACAGGAUAUACACCACUAACAGUGGAGCGCCAGGCUAAUGUGAUUCGUAAGACUACUGUACUAGAUGUUAUGAGAAGACUUCUUCAGACUAAGAAUAUCAUGGUAUCCUCCUACGCUCGAACAAAAGAAGCUAGUCAGGCAAAAUACAUUUCAAUAAUGAACAUCAUUCAAGGAGAAGUGGACCCUACUCAGGUUCAUGAAAGUUUGCAGAGAAUACGUGAAAGAAAGCUUGUUAAUUUUAUUGAAUGGGGCCCUGCAAGCAUUCAGGUUGCUCUUUCCAGGAAGUCUCCCUAUGUUCAAACUGCCCAUAGGGUUAGUGGUCUUAUGCUAGCAAGUCAUACUAGUAUCCGGCACCUCUUCAGCAAGUGUUUGAGCCAGUAUGAGAAGUUGAGAAAGAAGCAAGCCUUUCUUGACAACUACCGGAAGUUUCCAAUGUUUGCUGAUAAUGAUCUGUCAGAAUUGGAUGAAUCGAGAGACAUAAUCGAGAGUUUGGUUGACGAAUAUAAGGCCUGUGAAUCCCCAGAUUACAUCAAAUGGGGAAUGGAGGAUCCGGACCACACUCUAACUGGAGAAGGUAACGCUACAGGAACAAUGGAUCCAAAAUUAACAGUGUGAACCUCGGACUUUAUUGACCAAGGAAUUGCUUAUGUAUUGAUGCUUUUCGCCCUACUUAUUAGUUAUUACAUGCAUACCUCAUCCAUCCUUUGUAUGCCUUUUACUACAAAUUCUACGUUUGUUCAUCGGAUUCUAUAAUGAGUUCAAUGUGUAUAAAGCUAUAAGUUUUCAUUUUGUAUUCAAUUCGACUUAUGUUAUGUUAUGUUACUGAUUUAGUUCA